GCGCUGUACACUUCAACCCAUUCACAACAACCAACGUUUACUUGAAUAGUCACGAAACCCGUCUGGACCUUUAUAGACGCCUGUUAUUACAUUCUAAGAGGAGCGAAAUCUUGCGACAGGAUGGACUACCAGAACCGCGCAGGCUCCAAGUUUGGCGGCGGAGGUGUUGCCUCCCAAUCCGCGACCAACGCCGACCGACGAGAGCGUCUCCGAAAGCUUGCGCUAGAAACCAUCGACCUUGACAAAGACCCGUACUUCUUCAAGAACCACGUCGGAAGCUUCGAGUGCCGCCUAUGUCUCACAGUCCACCAAAAUGACGGCUCGUAUCUCGCCCACACGCAGGGAAGGAAACAUCAGACAAACUUGGCGCGCCGUGCUGCGAAAGAGCAGCGAGAGGGCAAGAAGGAUGACGUGGGUCAGCAAGGACUGCUUGCCGGCGUGCAGAUCAAGAAGAAUGUACUCAAGAUCGGACGACCAGGAUACCGGAUAACAAAAGUCCGCGAUGCGGUUACGCGUCAGAACGGGUUACUUUUCCAGUUCCAGUUUCCAGACAUCACUCCCGGCACAGUGCCAAGAGUCCGCUUCAUGAGCGCCUACGAACAGAAGAUGGAGGAGCCUGACCCAAACUAUCAGUACUUCAUUGUUGCCGGAGAACCAUACGAGACGGUGGCAGUCAAGCUGCAGGCUCGCGAGGUGGAUAGGCGCGAGGGCAAAUUCUGGACGUGGUUCGACGAGGACAACAAAGAGUUUUGGUGCCAGCUCCUCUUCAAGACCGAGCGAGACGAGCGCUUCAGUGCUGUUCCCGGACUGGCACCUGGCCGAAAGUGAGCAGCCAAGGAUGGAGUUAUACGACUAAUGCGCAUGACGCGCCGAGAGAAUACAUGAGCAAAACCAGAGUGUUUGGAAUUGAUCGGACACACACUAGGCAAGGUAAAAGUCUCGUGUUUGUCAUCCAUAUCACAGUUCUGACUGUCCAAACAUCUCCACUAAUUCAACUCUCCGCGGAAGGGUUCAACGGCGUUCAAGUGGCGUUUAGCGGUGCAAGUUUUAAUGGCGCAUUUGGAGGCUCCACAUGGUGUAGGUAGUCCCAAGUUCAAUACAACAAACCAGUCCAUAUGAUCUAACGCUACAGAACGGUGUGGCUAAUGCGCCUAUGUCGCAAAUUUCAAAAAACUCAUUCGCGGAGACGUGCAUGAG